AUGGACACCCGGGCUGCUGCCAUCCGGCGUUCUAUAUCGGGCGGCCGCAACAGUGGCACGGCGAUGGAAGCAGUGGAUCUGACACAGGAUACGCCUGCACCUGUGGUGUAUGAAGUGGAGGUGGAGAUUGAAGGCUCAGAGAGACCAUGCAGUCCUGAGACAUUGGACACAGCGUCUGAAGGUAUGCAGCGAUCGGGGGUAGUGUCGCAGCCAGGAGGAGAGACCCCCUGUAUGGGCAGAGGUUUGUGGAAGUUGAAUUCAUCUCUCCUGGAAGAUGCGACAAUAAGACAAUCCUUCGAGGAGUUCUUUCAGGGCCAGGAACCGUUAGUGGACCUCUGCAACAGUAAGUCAGAGUGGUGGGAGAUGUUUAAAACAAGGACGGCGAGGUUUUUCCGAGAGCUUUCGUACCUCAGGUGCCAGGACAGAAAUAAUCUGUACCAGGAACUGAGGAAGAAACUUGAAAGUCUGGUCUCGACGGGAGGUAGCCGCGAGGAUAUCUCUCGUGUGAAGUCCUUGCUUAAGAGGUGUCAGUACGAUAGGUACGCAUCUUUGGUUGUCGAGAGGGAUUUUGGGAAGUACCGCUCGCCCAACCCUUACGGCAACUGUAAGAUGUCAGUAAAACGUAAGCUGGUGACAGGCCUGAUUGAUAGUACAGGAUCCCUGAAUAGGUCCAAAUCAGGGAUCCUGGAGGUGGUCAGGUCUUUCUACUCUCACCUCUUGAGUAGGAAAGAACUAGAUCGGGACAAGCUUUCAGCUUUCUUGGCUGAAGCUGUUCCCAAGGCAGGAAUGGACCCCUCUCUUGACGUUUUGUCUUAA